AUGCAUCUUCUUUACGGGGCCGCCGCCGUACUAGGCUUCACCCUGACGCCAGCGUUAGCUCUGUGUCCAUAUGCCGCACAAUUGGGUAUCGACAAGAGACAAGCACCUCCACCGCAUCCUCAUGUAUCCCGCGAUACACCCACAUCGAACCGAAAGGGUGUGUUCUAUAUGAACCGCAUUGCGCCAGGAAAAUCCGAGUUAUACAUUGCCAAUAUUGAUGGAACGAACGAACGCCCCCUUCUCUCCAACCCCGUCUUCGAAUACCACGCUGAUUUCUCCCCGGAUGGAGAAUGGGUUACUUUUACCAGCGAGCGCAAUGGCGACGGCAAUUCAGAUAUCUAUCGGGUUCGAACCAAUGGCUCUGAUCUUGAGGAGCUGGUCGCAACCUCGUCAAUUGAAGACUCGGUUGUAAUGUCGCCGAACGGAAAAUACGUUACUUAUGUAUCAACUGCGAAUGGAUACAAGGCUAAUAUUUGGGUGAUGGAAAUCGAUAGUGGUAGGAAAUGGAAUCUCACCGAUACCGCUUCGACCGCAGCCAACGCCUCUUUGCCAGAUGGGUAUUUCCGUCCUUCUUGGUCACCAGAUGGUGAAUGGAUUGCCUUUUCCUCGGAUCGGAACUCGGGUUGGUAUGGGCAUGGUGAUCCCGUCUUCAUGGGCGUCAGCGGCUGGGAGCAUACUCAAGAACUCUCCAUCUAUGCCAUUCGGCCAAACGGCUCUGAUUUCCGACAAGUCGCUACCAGGAGUGGUUGGUCUCAGGGAUCACCCAAGUGGUCGCCGGAUGGCAAACGAAUUCUUUUCUAUGAAAUGACACGAGAGGACACUUGGAACUCUCAUCGACCCGAGUCAAUCGACUCGGCUAAUUCGACAAUCAUUUCAGUGGACUUUGAGACGGGGUCUCGUCGUAUUGAAGUACAGGGAGCCGGUGUCAAGAUAUUUCCUCAAUACCUCUCCAGUGACAACAUUGCCUAUUUCACCAAAGCUACCGGUAAGGAGGGAUUUUACACUACCAGCGGUAGCUUCUUCAACACUUCUAGCGCCACAGUGCGUUCGCCAGCAUGGUCUCCCAACGGAAAGCAAGUUGUUUAUGAAAAGACUGAAUGGAACAUCCGCCCCAUGGAUAAGAAGCUCUACAGCUGGGAUCCAGAAUGGGAAUACCGUUUCACGGAUGUUUUCCCUCAACUAUCCAACCAAAACAUGUUCGCCAUGACUGAAAAGCAACUCGGAAACUCAUCCAUCGUGUCAUUCAAUGCCAAUGGAACCAACGAGCACCUGGUCUUUAACGACAUGACGACCGAUUUCCUCGAGACAGCGGAAGUCUCACAAGGUCUGGCUGGAGCCUUCCAACCUUCUUGGUCCCCUGAUGGGAAAUGGCUCACUUUUGGCGUUGGAUUCUGGUUCCAGACUCGCUCCGAGAGUGGCGGCUGGUUGGUGCGCGCUACAGCCAAUGGGUCGUACUAUGAAGUUCUCACCGAAAGUACUACCACCCUCAGUGCCAACAGCAGCAUUAUAAACUCGGGGUUCCCCAGUUACUCGCAUGACGGCAAGAAGAUCGUCUUCCGGGUGUGGGGCUAUAACUCUACCCAGGGAGACAAGUCGCAGCUCGGUCUACGGAUGCUAGAUCUAGAGACGCGAAAGAUCUCCGUUCUGACCACCGAAUGGGACAACCUGCCUUUCUUCUCCCCCGAUGGCGAGCGCAUCGUGUUCACCCGCAAAGUCAGCGAUACCAACUACGAUGUUUGCACUAUGCGGCCCGAUGGUACCGACAUCAAGGUUCUGACUAGUAGCGGUGCAAACGAUGCUCAUGCAGUAUGGACGCAUGAUGGCCGCAUCGCGUAUUCCACUGGUAUGUUUGGCUUCCAGUAUGAGUGCGCUCUAUAUGACCAGACUUUUCAGCCAUAUGGGCAGGUGGUGGUCAUGGAUGCGGAUGGCUCAAACAAGCAAGUAUUGACAGACUCUCUCUGGGAGGACUCAAUGCCACUUUACGUUCCCAAUGCUGCGCUGCAAAAUAGCCCUAAAAUGGGUCGCCGUAGCUGGCAUUGA